GUUGAUAAAUUGUAGACAUGUUGAUUAAAUUCUUUUUAAUAAGUUUUGGAAAUUUUAGACAUAUAGAUUAAAUUCCAUAAAAUACACAUUGCACAUUUUUUUUUUAAUAAGUUUUCAAACAUAAACAAAUUUUAUUUUUCCUUUCCUAUGGUUACCAAUGAAGUUAUUUGUGUGUGAGAAAAAGUCAGAGGUGGGAGACCACUUCAACUGUAAUAGUAUUGACCUAUAGCAUACAACUCCACUCCCCUUAUAAAUACAUGUGAUGUGAUUGGAGAGUAGAUACUCCAAUUCACGGUUCAAACCCAUAGAGAGAGAGAGAGAUACUAGUAAUAUAAUUUCCCAUUCCCAUUAAGAAGGAAAAUCAUUUAGUGGACAAUUUCAAUUUCAUUACACAACCCAACCUCUUACAUACCCAUUGGUUGCUUUGCCCUUCUUUUCUGAUUCAUUCUCUUUUGAGUAUUUCAAUCCACCUUGUUCCUUCUCUUAGUAAAUAAUAUAAUUUUUGAACUCUAUUUGUGUUUGCAUAAAAAAAAAACAAAAAAAAUAUAGAUCAAGCCUAUUACCUCAAGAAAGGUACAAAUAUAUUUAGUGCAUAUUAGUAUAGAAGAUUAUUUUAGUGAUUUGAGUUAGAUCAAAUCAAAAUGGGUGCUCCUUUAUCAUCAUGGCCAUGGGAGAAUUUUGGAAUAUUCAAGUAUGUAUUUUAUGGGCCAAUUUUUGGAAAAGUGUUGUAUGAAGUGUUUUAUGAAGAGAAACACUCAAUCUCAAACCUUAGCUGGUGGUGUCUUCAUUUGAUCAUACUAUGUGGUCUAAGAGUUAUGUUGCACGUGUUAUGGAGUUCUUAUAGUAACAUGCUUUUUCUUACUAGAAAUCAUAGGAUUCUUCAACAAGGUGUUGAUUUCAAACAGAUUGACAAAGAAUGGAACUGGGACAAUUUCUUGAUUCUUCAAGCACUUGUUGCUGCCAUAAUUUGCUAUAUUUUCCCAUUUCUUCAACAUCUUCCUCUAUGGAAUGUGAAAGGUUUUAUUGUUGCUUUGAUCUUACAUGUGGGAGUUUCAGAGCCACUUUAUUAUUUGGUACAUAAGAAAUUUCAUGAAGAUUAUCUUUUCAAAAACUAUCAUUCACUUCAUCAUUCAUCUCUUGUACCAACUCCUUUAACUGCUGGAAAUGCAACAUUUUUGGAACAUGUUAUUUUAACGGCUGUGAUUGGAAUCCCAAUUUUUGGGACUUCUAUGAUGGGAUAUGGAUCUGCAAGUUUGGUAUAUGGCUAUGUGUUGAUUUUUGAUUUCCUAAGAUGUUUUGGGCAUUGCAAUGUUGAAAUUGUCCCACACAAAUUAUUUGAGGCAUUACCAUUUCUUAAAUAUGUGAUAUACACACCAACAUAUCACAAUCUCCACCACACUAAUAAGGACACUAAUUUCUGCCUCUUUAUGCCUCUCUUUGAUGCAUUAGGCAAUACACUUAACACAAAUUCAUGGACAUUACACAAAACAUUAAGCUCAGGUUCAGGGAAUGGCGCUACGGUACCGCAUUUUGUUUUCCUAGCUCAUAUGGUGGAUAUAUCAUCCUGCCUGCAUGUUCCGUUUGUUCUGCGAUCGACUUCUUCGCUUGCAUACACAACAAGACUCUUCUUCAUCCCAUGUUUGCCAGUAACAUUUUUAGUUGUGAUGGCAAUGUGGCUUUGGUCCAAAACAUUUUUACUUAGUUUCUAUUACAUCAGAGGUAGACUCCACCAAACUUGGGUUGUACCGCGAUGUGGCUUUCAGUAUUUCUUGCCAUUUGCUACUGAUGGAAUUAACAAACAUAUUGAGCAAGCUAUCCUAAGGGCUGAUAAAAUUGGAGUUAAGGUCAUUAGUCUAGCUGCAUUGAACAAGAACGAGUCCCUAAACGGUGGUGGAAAGCUUUUUGUGGACAAGCAUCCAAACCUUAGGGUUAGAGUUGUUCAUGGAAACACCUUAACUGCAGCUGUGAUUCUCAAUGAGAUCCCUCAAGAUGUGAAAGAGGUGUUCUUAACAGGAGCUACUUCCAAGCUUGGAAGAGCAAUUGCUCUCUACCUUUGCCAAAAGAAAGUUAGAGUUCUGAUGUUAACUAUUUCAACAGACAGAUUUCAAAAGAUUCAAAAAGAAGCCCCUGUUGAAUACCAAAGCUACCUUGUCCAAGUUACAAAAUAUCAAGCAGCACAAAACUGCAAGACUUGGAUUGUUGGCAAGUGGAUAACUCCAAGAGAGCAAAGUUGGGCACCAAGUGGGACCCAUUUUCAUCAAUUUGUUGUUCCACCAAUUUUAUCAUUCAGAAGAGAUUGUACUUAUGGUGAUCUAGCUGCCAUGAGAUUGCCAGAAGAUGUGCAAGGUCUUGGUUGUUGUGAGUACACAAUGGAUAGAGGAGUAGUUCAUGCAUGUCAUGCUGGAGGAGUGGUACAUAGUCUUGAAGGUUGGACUCAUCAUGAAGUUGGUGCCUUAGAUGUUAACAGAAUUGAUCUUGUGUGGCAAGCAGCACUCAAACAUGGCUUAAGGCCAGUCAGUAGUAGUCCACACAGUAAAAGUGAUUAAUUAAGAAUAUUUGUAACAUGCAACUUAAUUUCUAAAGUUGUGUCUUAUGUGUUUUUGUAUUAUUCAAUAACUAAGUGGCCAUCAAUUGUGGUUGUGUUCAUUUAAUAUUACUUUUAUGUUUCUUAUACGAUCAUAUUGAUCACAUAUUUUAUACA